AUGUUCGCUCUAAGUAAUUUGAAAGAGACAAGUAAAGAUAACGAUGAGAAUUCAACUACGAAAUAUUCAGUAUUAGAAACAUCAUCAUAUCCAACAUCUUCAAGGACAAAGCUUCCGACAAAGAUCAACUCUCCAUUAUGGAAUACGUGGGAGUUUGGUUUUUAUUAUUUUAUCGUUACAAUUUCCGUUUUACUUAUGUUCAAAGUCGGACAUGAUUUGAGUAAAGAAACACAUCCAAACUAUAAGAAAUAUUCUUGGAGAUUACAAGACGGAUGGAUAUUCGGGCGUAAAGUGCGAUAUACAAUUCGCCUCAUUCCGCGACCAUUAUGGUGCAUUGAUCUUUGCCUUAGCAGUUUACCUUGCUUUGAGUCAUUUAUAUCGAAUUUUUUUGGUACCGAAAUCUCCAGCAAAAUUUCAAAAUCAGCCCCUCAUAAGGACAUACUUUUUCUUAGGGUAUUUGAAGGCUCAAUUGCAAACCCCAUAAUAACUUGGAUAUUUAAUUUGGGUGUUUUGUUUUUGAAUGAAGCUUAUGGUAAUUACAAGUUUGGAGAUCUUAAUGAAAAUUUCGCAUUUUUGAGAAAUGAUAGAGAUCUUGCACCUCUGACUGAAAAGGAUCGGAUAAUUGGUCCAUGUUUUCGUGAAGACUAUAGUUUUAUUUAUUAUUUAAGUUACGCUUUAUAUGCACCAUUGUAUCUGGCUGGCCCAAUAAUUACCUAUAAUAACUUUAUAGCUCAAUUGAGAUAUCCAUGUGAAAUAGACAUCAAGGCAACAUUAAUAUACGGAAUCAGACUUUUCAUUGCAAUAAUGAUAAUGGAAUUUAUGCUUCAUUAUACAUACGUUGUUGCUAUUGUCAAAUCAAAAGCAUGGGAUGGUGAUUCACCACUUGAACUGGCUAUGAUCGGAGUUCUCAAUUUGGAAUUGGUUUGGCUAAAGUUAUUGAUAAUCUGGCGAUUCUUCAGAUUUUGGGCGAUGUCAGAUGGAAUAGAUACACAAGAAAAUAUUUUAAGGUGUAUGUUAAAUAAUUAUUCGACCGCUGGAUUCUGGCGUAGCUGGCAUCGAAGUUAUUAUAGAUGGAUAAUUCGAUAUAUUUAUAUUCCACUUGGUGGAAACAAACGUACUACACUUAAUAUGUUAAUAAUUUUUAUAUUUGUAGCAUUAUGGCAUGACAUCUCAUUAAAGUUAUUGGCAUGGGGUUGGUUGAUUUGGCUGUUUAUUUUACCAGAAACUAUUGCUAAAAAGCUUUUUUCUUCACAAAAUUGGGUUGAUUGGCCACGUUACCGACAUUUAUGUGCAGUUGGUGCUAUAUUAAAUUUUUUGAUGAUGUGGGCUGCAAAUUUAGUUGGGUUUGUCGUCGGAUUAGAUGGAAUGAAAGUUUUAUUUACAAGUAUUUUUAUGACAUCUACAGGACUAAUGGAACUUGGAAUUGCCUGUAUUGUACUAUUUGGUGGCGCACAAAUACUCUUUGAAAUUAGAGAAGAGGAAAAAAGAAGAGGCAUUAACUCUGAAAUUAGAUUUUAA